CAAGAUUUUUUUUAAGGAAAUUAAUAUAGUUAGUUAUAAUUUUCUAUAAUCAUAAAUGUAAAUCACAUCAUCAAUUACUUUACUUGUAUCUAUUCUGGAAGUAGGACGUCUUCGAAAUGUGGUCACUACAAUCUUUAAAAGAUUUUUUUACUCGGCGUAAUUUUGAUUAUGAAGAUCCAUGCAUUGACCUUUAUAAAUUUCAUCCGCAAUUGAAAUUUUUUCUUGCUAUUAAUGGCAUAUUUUUUAACAAUCCAAAUUCUAAACUAAGAUUUAUAUGGCCAUUUAUAUACAACUCUCUUACAAUAAUGGCUCUAACAUUUGAAAUUAUAUUUAUGAAGCACGGCAUAACUAUAAAGGACUACGCGUUCGCAACUGAAUCUCUUUGUUAUUUCAUCAUUAUAAGUUCAAUUCCAAUAGUAAAUAUUAGCGUUUUAAUUAACAAGUCAAAAGUAAUGAAGCUUUUGGAAUGUUUGAACAGAGAUUUUGUAUACGUACGUACAUUAGAACCCAGAUAUAAAUCUACCUUCCUUCAAGGUCAGCUCUUGAUUUGGCAAUUAUGUUACGCGUGGUUCAUAUUCACAACUUCGGUGGCGAGCUUGUUCGUAGUGACAUGCUUGCUCGCGCUCAUGUAUCAGAGCUUGUUCGUAGCGCAGGACGAGCACACGGUGCGCCCGCUGCCCUUCCCCAUGUGGUUACCCAACGAUGACCCCUACAGGACACCGAAUUACGAAAUAUUCUUAAUACUAGAAAUCAUCAUAUGUUUUAACUUCAUACAAACUUUUUGCGUGUUCGUUUACAUACUGUUUCAUACACUACUACAUUACUAUUAUGUGAUGAAUAUGAUUUUCUUGGACUUCGAGGUUAUCUUUAACGAUCUAGACGAAACAGUGGUGAAGCUGUCGCGCUAUCAUCCGCGUCGAGUUGCAGUGCAAAUGGAACUCAAUCGACGUAUGAAGAGAAUCGUCAAUUGGCAUUUAUCUGUUUUUAGGUCUGUUGAGAUUAUUUCUUCAGUUUACGGACCGCCGCUGGUAUUUCAAGUAUCGGUUAGUUCUAUAGCCAUUUGUUUAAUGGCAUAUCAAAUUGCAGAUUAUCUGGACCAAGGCAAAAUUCAUUUUCUAUUUAUUUUACUCUGUCUCGCGGCUUGUAUACAACUUUGGAUACCUUGCUUUUUAGGAACAUUGGUACGGAACCAGGCCUUUGCAGUCGGCGAAGCUUGCUGGGGCUGCGGUUGGCAGGAGACUCCAUUAGGACAAUUGUUACGUUCUGAUUUCAUUAUAUUGAUAUUAAGAGCGCAACAGCCCGUUACUAUAAAGUUUACGGGGCUACCAAAAUUAGAAUUGGAAACAUUUUCAUCGAUAAUGAGCUCGUCGUAUUCUUAUUUCAAUUUGUUGAGACAGUAUGAGUAAUGGAAACACCUUUGGCGCAAUUGCAUUCAAAAGGCACUACA